UGUGGUUUAGGUCUGCUAUUCUAUUCUGCCCAAAAACCCUCGCAUCAACCGUCCCUGACUGCAGAGUAGAGUUCAGAAGAAGAAGAAGAAGAAGAUGGUGGGAUUCGAGAGCUACGUUGUGGUUCAUAACAUUGCGAAGCGGCACAACGUCGGAACACUUGCUCGGAGCGCGACGGCGUUUGGCGUAACGGAGCUGAUCCUCGUCGGUCGUCGGGACUUCAACGCCUUCGGCAGCCAUGGAUCCUCCUCUCACGUUCGCUUCCGCCAUUUUCACUCACUCCUCGAUGCUCGCGCCUUCCUCCAGGAGAAAGAUUGCGAUAUCUGUGGCGUCGAGAUUACAGAAGGAGCUGUUGCCGUCAACGAGCAUCCAUUCAAGAGGAACACAGCUUUUCUUCUGGGCAAUGAGGGAACAGGGCUGUCCUCUAAGGAAUGUGAAAUAUGCGAUUUCUUCGUAUAUAUUCCCCAAUAUGGCUGUGGCACUGCCUCUUUGAAUGUUACAGUUGCAGCUUCUAUUGUUUUGCAUCACUUUGGAGUUUGGGCUGGAUUCUCUGAACGAGUUCGUGAUGGAAGCAAAUUUGUAGUGGCUGAUAAGCCCGUAAGACAAGGCAGACGUAAUUUCUGUGCUGAAACAGAAGAAUCCAUCAUUGAAGAGCGAAAGUCCAGGAAAGAAAGUGCUUUAAUCGGGUUUUUUGAUGAUAAUGGGAAUGAGCAUUCAUCUUCUUCUGACCUUCUUAACGGUUUGUUCAUUGACGAGUAGCUUUCACGACAAAAAAAAGAAGGCAUGGUUGAGCCAGCAACUGCCCCUUCAAGAUAUCUUUUACGUGGGUUAGCUGCUUAGGUGCUUGUUCAUUCUUGAGGGUCCAGAAAUUAGUCUUUAAGUAGUUCAUAAUAUCCAGCUUUACCUGAUCUGAGUUAUACACAAGCUUGCAAUUUUUGUUUUGCACAAGUUCUCCAACUAUUGAGUAACUCUACUCUAGGAAUUCGGAUGGUGUGUAAGGGUAGCUGUAACAAUGAAAGUUAUUCUAUCUUGAGUCUUCCAAACACAAGAUUUAUUGUUCUGUUCGAUAUGAUCACGCUAUCAUUUCUCUUC